AAUUAUUUUAUCUCGCCGCCAAAAAAAUAUAUUUGGCGGUUGCUCCUAUCUAAUUUGCUGAACGUUAAAGUUAGCUCUUCUUUCAUGUUGAGUGAACGUGCUCUAUAUUAGUAUGUCGUCCGAAGCUUUUGAAGAUUGCGAGUUCGAAAUUCAUACAUUACUUGGUUCACUUAACUUAACAAUAAAGCAAAUUAGUUCCUCUUCUGGAGAGAAGCAGAAAACUUUGGUAUCUAACUCAAAGAGAAAAUUUGAAGAAUUGGAGGAUCUUGUUCAAAAGCUUGAUUUCGAGCUUAAACAGCAACCAGAGGGACACCGCUUUAGAUUACAAGCUAGAUAUAAUAAAAUAAUAGCGGAAUUAGAAUUGUCUAAGAAACAAUUGUCUAAACUCAGCAGCAACAGGGCCGUAUCCUUUGAUUUUAGCAACGAGUAUUCCGAUACUUUAGAAGAUUAUGAACCUGCUUUGUUGGACAAAGAUCGGGAGCACUUGCUGUCUUCGCAUAGCUUGCUACUGACCUCGGGCGAUAGACUAUUAAAUAGCGAGCGUUUAGCUUUAGAAACAGAAUCGAUCGGGCUCGAUAUAUUAGAAGAGCUACACAGUCAGCGGGAAGGAUUAGAACGCACGACACGUCUGCUGGACGAUACUAACUUACAUCUCAGCCAGAGCGAUCGGCUAACAAGAUCCAUGUGGAGAAGAGCUAUUGCUAGCAAGAUCUUGUGGUACUUGGUGGCCUUUGCUCUAGUUACGAUCAUCUUGCUCGUGAUAGUGAUAAAUGUGACCUAAACCGAGUCUGUGGGAGCGUCCCUUUUCCUGUUUACGACCGGCACUGACUCACUUUUUCAGUUGUUUUUAAAGAAACAAUUAAAGAAGAAG